AUGUUUUGGCUUGCGGAACCAUUGAGGUUCACCGAACCAUUAGGCAAGAAGAUCCUCAUUCUAGACGUCGACAGCCGCCAUCUUGAUGGCCCGAAGGGUGUUUUGAGCAAGGCUCCACUAAACGUGACCGGACUUCCCCCAGAUACAAGUGGAAGACUCAACCACUUCAUGUUCGGUAGGUAG